AGUCGAACCUAUUUAGUUUUUCUUUUCGCCUCAAAUAAAACUUGUUUAUAAAUCCACCGCUGCGACGAGAAAGUAGGAGCAUAGAGAUCUCUCUCGUUCGUUUUUCCCGGGGGGAAAAAAAAGAAGAAGAGAAUUUACAUCAGAUUCUCACAGAUUCCUCAUUUUAAUGUAGUCGCCUCUCCCUCACCGUCCGAUUACAUUCCCCCCUCGUUGAUGUUUUUUAAAAAUUUGUGAUCAGAUCUAGAAUUAAGAGAUAGAUAGAUAAACUAUGUUUAUGGAUCGAGAGAGAAGGCUUUCUAAUCGUAACGGGACACCUGAAUACAGUAACGGAAAAUUCCGCGAUGAUAAUAAUAACAAUUACGGUUACGGAGGAGGAGGAGGAGAUUAUUAUACAUCCCGUGAAAUGAGUCCUCCUUCUAGAUCGAAUAUUCUUCGUAUCCCUUCCCCGUCUUCUUCUCCUCCUCCACCUUCUUCCUCCUCUUCCUCUCCGUAUCAUGGUUCUCAUUCCCCUGACCGUGGCGGCUAUAUCGAGCACCGCGUCUCCAAGUUCGAUACUCUCGCCGGCGUUGCCAUUAAAUACGGUGUUGAGGUUGCAGAUGUGAAAAAGAUGAAUGGGCUUGUUACUGAUCUUCAGAUGUUUGCUCUCAAGUCUCUCCGGAUCCCUUUACCUGGAAGACAUCCUCCUUCUCCUUGUUUAUCUAACGGCUCCUUACACCACGGAGCAGUUUACAUUAUUACUCAAGCUUUGUUUCUUGUCUGUCUCCCAAAGUGGAGCAUUAAUUGUGUUGGACAUAUUCAUUAUCAAAGAGGGAUGUUCAUGCCAUGA